CGAGAACCGAACUCUUGAAGAUGCAUGUCGGAAUGACGACAGAGAAGAGACGGAGGACAUCGUAAGAACGAACAUGGCUUCAGAAGAAGCUGCAGACGGAGAAGAUGCGGAGGAUGAUGUAAGAAGGGUUACAGCUUCAGAAGAAGCUGCAUUUGUGAAUACUGAUGCAGAUGAGGGAACUCCUCGAGGCGAUGCAUGCCAGAAUAACGACGAAGAAGACACUGACGAGGUUGUAAGAAGGGACGAAGCUUUAGAAGAAGCUGCUUUCGUAGAUCAUGGGGAAGAAAACACAGAGGACGUGAUGUAUGCCAACGCUUGUGAUCAUGGCGGAGAUACAAUGGAGAACGACAAUGCGGAGAGCAGGGAGGAAGCCCCCAAUAACGACGGAGCUUUUCAAGACUGUGUUUUCGAUAUGUUCAGCAAAAUACCAUCGGGAGAAGGUAUUAGAGAAGCGAAGCAAACCUCCUUACAAGAGGUCAGAAGAGGUGUUUUCAGCAAGUCAAAAAAGAGCGAAAAACCUCCUUACAACUUAGGGAAAGGAGGUACGAACUUGCGUGUGUACAACAAGAAGGCGAACUACCACAUGAACAUGAAGAGAGUGGAAGAAGUUCUCAAGGAGUCCUGCUGCAAGGCGGCAUAUUAUAAGAAGUUCCACUCGGAAGAUGUCUAUUACAUGCGCGAAACAUUUUGGGCGAUGAAACAACCGGAGCAAGUCAACUUCCUUAUCACCAAGAUGAGAGUUGCGUCGUAUUUCUCAGAUGAAGAUUAUAAUUGCAUGUUAACUGUUCUUUACCGUCAGAUUUGUCAACUCCCUAGACCGUUCCCGAUAGUCCUUUAUCUGACACUGGACAACACUUCGAAAGAGAACAAGAACAAGUUUGUGUUAGCAUAUCUUGUCUUUUUAGUGAAGAUGAAUGUCUUUAGUAAAGUCAAGUUGAACUUUCUUCUCGUAGGUCACACGCACGAUGACAUAGAUCAAAUGUUCAGCUGUUUCUCGAGGAAGUUGGCUCUACUGGAUGCGUACGAUCUAUUUGAGUUGCAACACAUCAUCAGAGAGUCAUACAAGGCAGAACAAGAGCAUGGUGUUACUGUUGAUGAAAUGACGGAAACAAUGGACUGGAAAUUGUUCGUCGAGGAUCAUCUGCAAAAGGUGAAUGAUAUCAUUUUUAAUCAGCAUUUCUGUAUUAAACGCAAUGAUGAGGGAGACGUCAGAAUUUGGAGCAAGCAAUAUCACAACUCACAGUGGCAUCCCAAUAAUAGAGAAGGUCUGGACAUCUUCAAAUCCGAGCCAAGAGGACAAAUUCGUGCUUCACCCAAACAUCCUAUUCGAUCUUUGGAAGCUAGGUUUAGGCUGACUUGUGGACAUGUCGAUGACAGACGGGACAGUUUCAAGAGCAAGGUCGACGAUCGUGUUGUUUCACUGGCCGCCCUCCAAGCGAACAUAGAUGCAUUGGCGCCCUACAUCCCACGCAACAUUCAAUGGUGGAAAGACUUCAUUCAAAUGCAGGAUGCACUGGACAUGGAAGACACUAAUCUAAAAGAGCCUUUCCAGUGGCCAACAAUAGUAGAGGACGAGGCAAUGGGAGGAGAUUUUAGGCCUCAAACUGCUGAAGACGUUGGUCAGUGCUUGGAUGAUGUCUUCCCUCCUGAAAGACCCGUUUACGUUGGCGCGAGAAAGAGCAGACAGUACCGAGAAGAAAGAGAUGGGAAGUACGAAGACCUCGUAGUCAACAAGUUUAUCACCCUGCGAGCCUUGCCCGGGCAGCAAGAAAGAGGCAAACCUUACCACAUCGGAAAGGUUGUCGAGUUGCUGCCUGGAAAACGCUUCAAAGUGGCCUGGUUUGCUCAACGGGAGAAAGGAGAUGGUUACUACCCUUGCUACAGGAGGAAUGCUCAAGGAAGGCGAACAAGGGAGUAUUUUGAGGACAUCUUCGAUUGGAGCUGCGGUGUUCUAUGUUACAACUUUGAUCUGAAGACGGACAAGACCCUGUUAGCUGUGACGAAGAAGAAGAUUUAUGAAAUGUUAGAAUUAAUGGAUGUAGAUGAUGAUCAAGGCGAAAACAUCUUGGCGUUACCUGCGAACGAGUGUCAGACCACUAGCGAGAAGAACGACGAGAACGACUGUUUGACUGAUGUGGUUACUUUCGUAAAUCAUUAGGAAUAACUUUAGUCGACUUUUACUGUAGAUAUAUCAAAUUUUCUAUUAGGACUUGUCAUAGCUUAGCAUUGUCUU